AUGUCAGAACACAGCAGGAAUUCAGAUCAAGAGGAACUCUUUGAUGAGGAGAUUGAUGAAGAUGAAAUCUUGGCCAACUUGUCCCCUGAAGAGCUGAAGAAACUGCAGUCGGAAAUGGAAGUCAUGGCCCCUGACCCCAGGCUUCCCGUGGGAAUGAUUCAGAAGGAUCAGACCGAAAAGCCACCCACGGGAAACUUUGACCAUAAAUCUCUUAUGGAUUAUAUGUACUGGCAGAAGGCAUCGAGACGCAUGCUGGAAGACGAACGUGUCCCUGUCACCUUUGUGCCGUCCCAGGUGGACACUCAAGAGCAGCAUGAAGAAACAGGCAAAGGUAAUAGACAUGUGUCCCAGUAUUUAAAAGAAAGGCUCAACAAUGAAAUUGCAGCCAAUAGAAGAGAAUCAAAAGUCAGCCCUGAUGUCCAAGAACCAGAUGAUGAUGAUGGUGAAGAAGGUGAAGGAGAUGAGGAGGAGGAUGAGGAGGAGGAGGAUGAGGAUGAAGAUGAUGAGGAUGAAGACGACAAGGAAGAGAGUGAUAAAAAGCCACAAAGAGGAGAGGGAGGGGAGGAAAAGGAAAAAAUCAGAAAUGGCGAGAGCAGCUCCCCACAAGUAGCUAAGAAAGCAUUUGAAGAACAGAAAGACAGACUAGAGGGCCAAGAAAAAAGUGAGAAAAAAAUAUCCAAAUUAGAUCCUAAGAAGUUAGCUUUAGACACCAGUUUUUUAAAGGUAAGUGCAAGGCCUUCAGGAAACCAGACGGACCUGGAUGGGAGCUUGAGGAGAGUUAGACAGAACGAUCCCGACAUGAAGGAGCUCAAUUUGAACAACAUUGAGAACAUCCCCAAGGAAAUGUUACUGGACUUUGUCAAUGCAAUGAAGAAAAACAAACAUGUCAAAACCUUCAGUUUAGCAAACGUGGGCGCUGAUGAGAACAUAGCAUUUGCCUUGGCUAACAUGUUGCGGGAAAAUAGGAGCAUCACCACUCUCAACAUUGAGUCCAAUUUCAUCACAGGUAAAGGAAUUGUGGCCAUCAUGAGGUGUCUCCAAUUCAACGAGACGCUCACCGAACUUCGGUUUCACAAUCAAAGGCACAUGCUGGGCCACCAUGCCGAAAUGGAAAUAUCCAGGCUGUUGAAGGCCAACACCACUCUCCUGAAGAUGGGCUACCAUUUUGAGCUCCCGGGUCCCAGAAUGGUGGUAACCAACCUGCUCACCAGGAAUCAGGAUAAACAAAGGCAGAAGAGACAAGAGGAACAAAAACAACAGCAGCUGAAAGAGCAGAGGAAGUUGAUAGCCAUGCUGGAGAACGGGUUGGGGCUACCGCCUGGAAUGUGGGAGAGGCUGGGAGGACCCAUGCCCGAUGCCAGGAUGCAGGCGUUCCUCCAACCUCCUCCUCAGCCUCCUAACCCCCAGGCGGUCCCCUUCAGUCGGCAGAAUGAAAUGAUGAAGAAGCCAUCACAGCCUCCGAAGUACAGGACGGACCCUGACUCCUUCCGGGUGGUGAAACUGAAGAGGAUCCAGCGCAAAUCCUGGAUGCCGGAGGCCAGAGAACCUCCGGAGAAAACCAACCUCAAAGACGUCAUCAGAACGCUGAAACCAGUGCCGAGAAAUAGGCCACCCCCGCUGGUGGAAAUUACUCCCAGAGAUCAGCUCUUGAAUGACAUUCGUCACAGCAAUGUCGCCUACCUUAAGCCAGUGCAACUGCCAAAGGAACUGGCAUAAGUGGCAACAGAAUCAUCUAGAAGAAUAAGGAGUUGAGAUGAAGACUCUUGGAUCAGAGCUUGGAGACUCAGCAGCAUACUUCUGGAGCCAGGUGGUGCAACCAGGA